AUGUGGUCGUGUCUGGUACUUUUCAGCAUCUUCCUACCGUACACUACUCAAGGUCUUGAAUCGUUUGACCCGUGGUUAUCGGAUAAUAAAAUAUGUCAACCAUCGAUGAAAACAUGUUCGUUCGUGCUACAUGCUGCCAGUGCAAUGACAAUGUUUUACAAGGAGUUGUAUCGUGUUGUCGCUACUGAUGAUGGCAUUUUACAGAAAUACGAUGAGCCCGAUGAUAAAUUUGAACCUGAACAAAUUAUUACUGCAGAUGGCUAUCCCAAGCUGGUGUAUGUAUUUAACCAGUCUCUGCCUGGUCCUGUCUUGCAUGUCUAUCAAGACCAAAAGAUUUCGGUACGAAUCUUCAAUGAUUUUUCGACGGAAUCUCUCAGCAUUCAUUUUCAUGGUAUCCGACAAGUAGGCACACCGGGCAGCGAUGGUGUUGGUCGUGUAACACAACUCUCGAUAUUGCCAGGCUCUAGUUUUCACCAUGAAUUCACUGCAUUCGAUGAAGGCACAUUUUGGUAUCAUUCUCAUGUUAAAUCUCAAACAUCGAUGGGAUUAGUUGGAGCGUUCGUUGUACAUCCAAAAACGAAGCCUCAACAGACAUAUAAAGAAUUCACUGUCGUUCUCCAAGAUUGGCAACAUUUCUACACUGGUGAGCAACAUCAGAUGCUUGUUCAAAGUGGCCAAUUCUAUCCGAAUGAUCUUGAAUCUCUCAUUUCAUCGGGUACAAUUGAUUAUUAUCAAGCUGUUGAUAAUUCGCGAUCAGCUGAAGCCUUGGUAACGUCGAUCUUAGUGAAUGGUCGUGGUCAAUAUGUAGAUUCACGCAAUAAUGAAAAUUCAACGACUAGCCCUCUAGAACGUCUCAUUGUUCAAGAAUCAGAUUCACAAUAUCGUAUUCGUUUAAUUAACGGUGGUAGUACUUUCUCACUAGUAUUUUCUAUUGAUGAACAUCAAUUACAAGUGAUUGCAUCCGAUGGAAUUCCAUUUGCUCAGCCUGUUAUCGCCGAUCACCUGAUCAUUGGAUUAGGAGAACGAUAUGAUGUACUUGUCAACAUAACAAAACAAUCAAAUCAAUCUGCAUGGUGGAUUCGUGUAAAAACGAUGGACAAGAACAAUAAUCGUCGAUGGCAUGCUCGAGCUAUUUUGCAGGUAGGAAACAAUCCUCAGACACGACCAGCGACACUUGCUCGAACUUGUUCGCCACAAAAACCAUGUUACACUUUAAAUUGCCCUUUUACUCAAUAUGGAUCAGAUCCGAAUACUAUCUGUUUGACAAUGCACAAUAUGACAACGGAUCCAGCGCAUGUCGAUCAAGAACUUAUUGCUGAUUCAACAAAGGUAACAAUCAAACAUCUACUUUCAUUAACUGUAGUGGGUGCUACGGAACACGAAUCUGGUUAUGAAGCAAUCAAUUAUCUUAAUAUGGCUUUUCCGAAAUCUGAUCAACCGCUACUAAACAAUCCUAAACUGGCACGAGAACAACUGCCUUGUUCAGAUUAUAUUUUAGAAGGCUCAGAAAUAAAGCGACAAAAAUGUUAUCAUAAUAUAGUGGCAGAAUACAAUGAUAUAGUCGAGUUUUUUAUUGUUAAUUUUGAUUCCGAUCAACAUCCGAUACAUUUACAUGGUUCAUUUUUUCAUGUUCUCGAUCAAGGCUUUGCUCAAUUAAAUACAACAACUGGCCUUUUUCUGGCGAACAAUCCUAAUGUGGAAUGCGAUGAAGAUGAUAUGAAAUGUGUUUGUAACAAUUGUAAAACAACUACCAAACUUGUCAAAGAUACAACAAUAAUACCGAGUGGAGGAUAUUUGAGAAUUCGUUUUCGAGCAAAUAAUCCUGGCAUAUGGAUGCUGCAUUGUCACACCGAACCUCAUCUAGAUCGUGGCAUGGCACUUAUGAUUCAUGUUGCUGAAGAUCGUCUUGUACCGGCACCACAUUCAACGGCCUCUCAGACGAAGAUCCACAAUCAACUCUUGCUAUUUCUAUCAACGCUACUACUCUUGGUUGUUGCUAGACAACAUGUCUGA